UUUUAUUUGUAAACAUCAAUGUGUCAGUGAUUCAAUAAAUUUUUAUGGAAGUAAUUACAAUUAUGAAAACAUUUCAUAAGAAAACACAUGAUUUUUCGAUGGUCCUAUGUAUAAAAAGGACAAGCAAUUAUUCCAGUGAAUAAAUUAAGCGCGUGUUAUGAUCUUGUUCUAAAUUGUGUAUAAUUCAUAAUGCCUUUUAGAAUACCAAAAUUAAGAAGUGUGAGAGUGCGAGUCAUAAUUGUUAUGUCGUUCCUCGUUGUGUAUGUUUUGGCUACGUAUAUUAUCGUCGAAAAGUAUUUUUUUAUCAAACGCAAAGGCAACACAAGUGCACCUAAAGUGGAGUUAGAAUAUGUUGUUGUACAUCUGGAUUUGAAAGGAGCUCCUCCAAAGUUGUCGUAUCUGAAUUCCCUGCUACCGAUGCUGAAGAAACAUGGCGUCAAUGGUCUCCUUAUUGAAUACGAGGACAUGUUUCCCUACGAAGGACCACUGGGAAUGUUGAGGGGGCGGAAUAGUUAUAAAAAGAAAGAGCUGCAUGCAUACCUCACCGCCGCAGUAUCAUCUGGUUUCGAGAUAAUUCCUCUGGUCCAAACAUUCGGGCACAUGGAAUUCGCCCUAAAACAUCCUGAACUUGUUUUUUUAAGAGAAGCUCCUGAUUUCGCUGACUCCAUUUGUCCUAGUUCUUCGGACAGCCAGCAUUUUCUUGAAGAAAUGAUAGGGCAGAUAAUACGUUUUCACCGAAAGAUAGCUCCUUUGAAAUACAUCCAUGUAGGUUUUGAUGAAGUUUACCAUAUUAACACAUGUGAUCUAUGUCAGCAAAGAAAUUUCACAAAUGCAGAACUGUUAACUGAGCACGUCAAGUUCCUUAUCGAGACUGUCCACAUCCUUAGUCCAGACACCACCGUCCUCAUCUGGGACGACAUGUACAGAAAUGUCAAGCCUAUGGAUUGCAGCAACCUCAUCUUAACUGACACCGAAGUUGUACACUGGGACUAUACUGCAAAACCCCAUGAAGAUGUGCACAUCAAUAUGUACAAGUAUGGCCGGAUGUUCGAUAAUCUUUGGAUAGCAACUGCAUUUAAAGGAGCUGAUGGAAGGAAAAGGAUACUCCCUGAUCUUAAUAUGAGAUUUUACAACCACCUCCAUUGGCUCAACUUUAUAUUUGAUUAUGGCACUCUGAAGCAAUUGUAUAAAAUUAAAGGUAUCAUACUCACAGGCUGGUCAAGGUAUGAGCAUGAGGCGCCAUUAUGUGAAAUUCUUCCAGCUUCCAUACCGAGUUUAAUUAUUAAUUUAAUCCUUAUUCAAAAGUAUACAAGUGGAAUUGUCGUUGAGAACAUGAAAGAUUUGGAUGAUUUCAUUGAUGAACAUAUAGAAAAUAAUUUAGACUCUAGCCUUCUAUGUCAGAAUCGCAGCCAUCGUUAUAUGGGUACAUUUGAUUCAAAAACGUGUCAUUACGAGGAAUCUGAUCUCUAUACUACACUUCAACGUCUUAAUAAUAGCACAUCAUUCGCAUAUUCUAUAUUGGAUGAUUAUGCUUACAAAUACUUUGUUUUAAAAAAGAAAGCCGCCAAUGAUGAAGAAUCAAGGAUAGAAUAUGAGUACGUUGAUGGAGUUCACUCUCAAAUGGAAACGUGUGGAAGAAUUUUUUACGAACUUAUGACUAUCGAAACAGAAAUUAUUGGAUUACUUUCAGUGUAUUUUGAGAAUGAUGUCAUACUAGAAUAUGUUCGAUCAAAAAUACGUGGUAUACAGGAAAACAUUCAAGGAUUGUUCCGAUUUUGGGAUUAUAAGAACUCAACGUCCACUACUAGUCUUGCCAGUAUUCAUACCCAGAAUAAAUUACCUACAUAA